AUGGAUAACUCUAGUACACCCUCUCUUGUUGGCGUUUCUGUUAGAAGCAUCAAUGACACUAAGAAUCCGGAUUUCUGCGAAGGUACCAGACCUUCUGUGGCCGGGGCUAGAUCGUCGCCCCAACUCCUGAACAAGAUUCACUCAUCGACACAGCUGAACAAGCUGACCACGCCCUACUCGACAGUUGAUGAGUUGACACGUGAAGGUGCAUUGUUAACUGACGACAAUGACGUUGACUUAGAUCAGCUAAUUACCAAGAAGACGGAGGAUAUCAGUGACAUGAAGAAAAAGCAGCUGAGAAAGAAGAAGCUUGCUAAAGUACACUCGCCAGGAGAAACUCCAUUGUCUUCUUCUUUAACCAGAUCCUCUUCUUUGGUGACGUCUACGGAUCCGAUUGAUCCUACUGUGAGUCCAUCUAGGGACAAAAGGGUUGGGUUCGACGAAAAGGCUCCUAACGAGACCAUUAGAAACUCAUACGGUGAAUUUAUCAAGGACAGCUCUCAUAGACCCCAUCUGGCCCGUGGAGAGUCUUACCAAACUACGAAAGGUAGUGAUGAAGAAGGUGAGGAACGUUCCGGAAGAAGUUCGAUCAGGAAGGGUGUGUCUACUGGUUACUUAAGAUCGUUAUCACGCUCAUUGAGUCGUGACGCAAAGGCUGCACACGACAUUGAGGAGAUUAAAGACGCGAGAAUGUAUAGCACUAACAAUUACAGUAUUUCGCAAGUGGAGCUUGAAAAUGCGCCUCACGUGAUCAAGGAGGAAGAAGAAGAAGAAGAAGAAGGCGCGCUUAUGAACGACGAAGGAAACGAAGAAUAUUCAGAAGAAUUAAACAAUGCAGCAGCAAGCACCAGCGCGAGGCAUGAUUAA